AUGGAGGCACAGAUCGACGCGGUGAACGUCGUGAUGGGAUGGAAGUUUCAAUCCAAUCCAGAAAACACCGUGGGCGUGCUCAAAAUGGCUAAGGGACCCGAGGUCUUGGUGACCCCUGGCCCUGACAUCGGCAAGGUCCUGACCGCCCUGCACUCAGUGCAGGUUCAAGGCAAGAUUGACCUCAUGACUAGCGUGCAAGUAGCACAGUUGGCGCUGAAGCACAGGCAGAACAAGAACCAGCACCAGAGGAUGAUUCUCUUCAUCGGCAGCCCUGCCCAGGCCGACACCGCCGCGCUCACCAAGCUGGGCCAGGCCCUCAAGAAGAACAACGUCGCCGUCGACGUCAUCAGCUUCGGCGAGGUCGAGGAGAACCGAGAGAAGCUGGAGGCCUUCGUGAAGGCGGUCAACAGCAACGACAACAGCAACCUCGUCGUGGUCGAGCCCGGCACCCGCACCCUCACCGAGGCCAUUCGUGCCUCGCCGCUCUCCGGCAGAGCGCCCGCGCCCGCUGGCGCCGAGGGCGGAGCUGCCGGCGGCGAGGGUGGUGAGGACUUCUUCGGCAUUGACCCUAACGAGGACCCCGAACUUGCCAUGGCCAUUCGCGCUUCGUUGGAGGAGGAGAAGCGUCGCCGCGAGCGAGAGCAGAAGGACGGCGGCGAGGGUGCCGAAGGCGCAGCGCCCACGCAGGAGGCCGUCAUGACCGACGCCGGCGGCGUCGACGACGAUGAAGAGGCCAUGCUCGCCGAGGCCAUCGCCCUCUCCAUGGCCUCCCAGUCCACCCCCGCUCCCGCGGCCGAGGCCGAGAAGCCGGCCGCCGCCAAGCCGGAGACCACGACCACCACUCCCGCGCCCGCUGCGGCGCCCGCUGGUGCGGCGCCGGCGGGCGGCGAGGUGACCGACCCGCAGUUCCUCAACGACGUGCUCGGGUCCCUGCCCGGCGUGGACCUCGCGGAUCCCCAGAUCCAGGAGAUCCUCGCCUCGAUGAAGGCCCAGCAGGAGCAGGAGAAGAAGGACGAGAAGAAGGACGAGGGCGGCAAGUAA